AUGGACGGGACAUCACCGUCCGCUACCUCAGGGCCCUCCCUGCCAGCACCCAAGGUGACACCCACCGUGGCACUUGCAGUGGUUACAGAUGCCAGCACCACAGAACGGGAGUCACCAGGGGGCAAGGCGGCAGGCUCGUCAUCGGUGCCCCCCUUCCUGCUCUUCCGGGGGGUCUCCAAAUCCAAAGGAUACGCUGGCAUCUCAGAAGUGGCUCAGCUCCGACUGGUGAAUGGCCCGAGUCGCUGCACUGGGAGAGUCGAGGUGCUUCAUAACCAGCAGUGGGGAACUGUGUGUGAUGGCAGCUGGGGCUUGUCCGAGGCUGAAGUCGUGUGCAGGCAGCUGGGCUGUGGGACGGCGUUAUCAGCACCACGUGGGGCUCGGUUUGGACAAGGAUCUGACCGUGUGUGGCUGGAUGAGGUUCAGUGCACAGGGGCAGAAGCUGCCCUCACCGAAUGCAGGGCUAAGCCUUGGGGAGAGCAUGGCUGUAACCCCGGAGAAGAUGCCGGUGUUGUGUGCUCAGAUCAGGGCCAGCUGAGGCUGCGGCUGACGAGUGGCCCAAGCCCCUGCUCCGGGCGAGUGGAGGUGCUGAUUAACAACACCUGGGGUGCUGUGUGUGAUGUCGGCUGGGGCCUGCCGGAGGCAGGGGUGGUGUGCAAGCAGCUGGGCUGUGGCAUGGCGCUGUCAGCCCCGGAAGUUGCUCAGUUUGGCCACGGGGCUGGCGAUGUCUGGCUGAAGGGCGUGAGCUGCUCAGGUCAGGAGUCUCUCAUCAGCGAGUGCCAGCUGAGCCGGCUGGGUUCUGGGCUGUGUGACCGUGGCUCCGAGGCCAGCGUGGUGUGUGCCGGGCAGGCCGGCCUUGGGAUACUCUACUAUGUGCUCCUCGGCCUGGGUGCCCUCGUGGUGCUGAUCUGUGUGGCCCUGCUCUGCUGGAGGAUGUGUCGGAACAGAGCCGCUGGGUACCCCCUGGGCCAUGUGCACAUGGAGGAGCUGUGGGCUCCAGGGACCCCGGCCUGGCCCCAGGAAGCAGCAAAUCCAGAGCCUGCCAUGGAACUCGACAGCAAGAUGAUCCAGCAGUGCUGUGAAAGCCGCAUGCCAGCCGGGCUGGGCUGGGCUCAGCCUGCAGUGAGAGACGAGCCAGUGGGAUCCUGCCCAGAGCAGCCCUAGAGCUGCCAGCUGCCUGGGCUGUGGGAACUCUGCUGGGGCUUGUCCAGGGGCUGGGGCUGCUGGCUGGAGGUCUCAGCUCCCCCAUUACCUGGGAACGUUCAAGGUACCAUGUGAGGAGUGGUUGCUGCCUGUAAAGAACUGAGUCAUGCAUGGACAUGUGACAUGCCCAUGUGACUCCAAACUCCAUCUUGCUGCUGUGAUUUUCCACAGUGAGAGCAAAGGGGUGUCCUUCCACAGGGCAGAGGCUAUAAAAGGCCCUAGAAACCCCUCCAUUUUGUCUUCAGUCCUGCUUCUGACCUCUGGAGGAAACUUACUACAA